GUCAGAAGAUGCAUCGUUGCGGACCAAUGCCACGAGUGGACGGCCAUCACCUAGCGGAUCUCCGCUUCCGUUAGACACUCCUUUUGCUGUUGAUCUAAGGAUUCCUGAUCCCAGCAGUAUGGCGGACCCGGCGAUCUCUGUCGCAGAAAGUGAACAUACUCUCAAUUCACCCUCCCGCGAGAAAGUCCAUGUCGGAGAGACAUCGUCGUUGUCUUUCCUGUUCUUCUUAAGAAGGACUGUCAAAUCUUUUGUUGGGUCGGUUCCUUUUACCGAUGGCGAACGCCAUCACUUCACGGUAGAAUUAGAUUCUAGAAGCUCGAGGGUCCAAAGUCCACAGCCAUCACCGGCAAGGCUUUACUCGCUAUUGGACUCCUAUUUUGAAGCUACCAGCGGUAUUUUGGACCUAUUUACGGCAAAUGAAAUUGACUUUCUCAUAUCCGAACGACCAUUUUCUCAGGAUAACACAACUCACUCACCCCCUAAGAGUGAUGAUGCCGCUGCUCUUGACGUUGCUCUAGCUAUUGGGGCACAAGCACGAGGACUGAAGGAUGAUCAACCGUUUUCCGAGGCUUGUUUCUCUCGAGCCCGUAUGAUGGCAUUCCAGGAUAUGCUGAUGUCGCAGAGCCUUGGCAAGAUCCGUCUUUUUAUUCUUCUAGCCUUUUACGGGCUUGGGGCUUGUAACAGAAACUCAGCGGCAAUGUUCCUUGCGGUUGCGGCCAAGGCUGCCGUGAUCUUAGACCUUGAAAGCUCUCAAGACGAUGAGACCUCCGAGGAAGCGAGCACUAGAAAGAGGUUAUGGAACAGCGUGCGGAAUCUAGACAUUCUGAGCAGCUUUAUAAUUGGAAGACCCAAAAGUUUGCCGCUCAAGAGUCAGAGUGCAGCAAAGCCGAAAGCUUUCAGUGAGGAUGAAAGUGUAUCCACCCAGUCAACUUUUGCCGCAAUGGUCGACGCCUGCAUUUUCCUAGACAAUAUUGUCGAUACACUCGGCAAAAAUCACAAUAUAUUACACACCCCUACGGCCGAAGACUUACUCCAAGAACUUCUCCGUUGGAGCCGGAACUUACCCCAAAACAUACGCCAAUUUACGUCUUUGACACCAAGUAGCUGCAAUUUGGAGCCUGCCGACCGACAAUUCCUCAUGGGAAGCAUGCAUCUUUCGUGCGUGUACUAUUUUGCAGUCAUACUCAUUACACGACCAUUUCUAGUAGCCUACUUGACUUCAAGGUUACGGGGCAAAGCACCCGAUCACCUGAUUAAUGAUCCUGAUCAGGCAUCUGAUAUCAAGCUCAAAAACAACAAGGUAUCCAGGAUAUCACAGGUCUGCGUGAGCUCAGCAAUCACUAUGGUUGACAUGUGCAUCAAAGCCAAAGACGUCAACUUCACUUUCGGGAAUUUCUGUCUGAUUGAAGCAUGGUUAUUCGGGGCGGGACUAGUCCUCGGGUUUUCCAUGUUUGCGGGCGAGCCACGAAAGGACAUCGAGGACUCCUUCCAGAACGGAUGCAUAAUUCUGGCAGACAUUGCCCUGAGUAGCCCACAGGCUCAGCUUUACUAUAAUAUCCUUAUCAACUUCGCCGAAGCUGUGACCAAAUAUCGACAGAGAGUGGCCGAUGAGAUGCACCAUGCAGUUCAGCAUUAUCUGGAUCGCAUUCUGGUCAUUGAACCUACAGCAACGCAUAGAAAUGUUCAACAGAGACAUAAUGGUGACAUCCAGGAUUUUGGAAAGUCCUGGGAUGAUUGUCUGGCUAGCAACCCCGAGUUACAUACCGAGGCUGAUCCGCGACCCAUGCUUCAAUUGCCUGCAUUUCAGGACCAGCAAGACUUUGGGGCUGGGGGUGAUAUUCUGUAUUCUGCAUACUUCUCACCUGAUUUUGAGUCAUUUGACCAGUUAUUCUAUACAAUCGAAUAAGAUCUUGGGCGCCAGCCUUUACCUCAACUAGGAUAUGAC